AUGGUCUACAAGUUCGGGUUCACACAUUGUCCCUCCACUCGUUUUUUCAAUCGACGGUUCGGAUAUGUCACUGACCGGCACCAGAAGUGGCAACGCAUGGUGGUGGUUUACGCUUCAUGCGAACAUGUUGGCCCGUCUUUUGUGGAAGCUGCCAUGAUACAACGUUACAAAGGUGAGCCAGGAUGCCGCAAUGAGCGUGAUGGCGGAGAGACGGUGCACGCCUGCCUGGGCGGGCCAUAUUUUACUUACUUCGUAUACCAAUCGUUCCAAGAGAGCCUGGAUUCGGCCAGAGAGAUGGUGAAGAAGCCGCGGCUUGCCUCGUGCGCUGAGCUUAUUGCCCUGGACUCCCGCAUCAGGCUUCUCGGCUUGUCCUUCCAGAUCGACGAGGCAAGCGGCCACGAGAAGAAAAGCCAGAGCUCGACGAGGAGGCCUCUUGCUGAGUAUCCCAACAGCUGCCACAACUACCCCGAUGUCAACAACCAGAAUCUGUUACCGACGGCUGUUGUGCUUCAGCUAGAUACUGCUUUAUCUGUGCAAUCUGCAAGUGACGACGACAAGUGUGUCUCAGAUGCUGCCGUGAGAUUGGCGUGGAGCUAUGCCAAAGGAGCUUCGUGCGUGGACAUCAUCAAGCAGGCCACGUCAACGGUGGAUUAUGACAUGCGUGAAAAGUCUGAACACAUCGUGGCCCGGGCCUUUGCAAAGCAUGGGCUGCGAUUCAAAGUCGAGUUGGCUUUUGGGCACGUGGGGCGGCAACGGGACUUCCCGUACAUUCCUGUGUCUGAGUGGAUCCGCUGCUUGGACAAAGCCGGGCAGCUGGACAGACUGGUUGGUUGCAAAGGUGAUUUUUCAUCGUCCCUGCGACAAUAUUGGGACAGGUUCGAGAAGGCACAUCCGAGCCACCAAGUGUUUGAACUGGCGAAGGCUGGCCUGGUGAGUCUUCACCAGGCCGUGCCGGUUUAUCUGCACGGGGAUGAAGGCACGACGCUGAAGAAAGACGGGGCACUAGUGAUAUCUUUCCAAUCGCCGUUGGGCAAAGGAACUUCAAGCAGCAAGAUGGGUGACCUCGAGGGCGGCCCACACCACUUGAACUUUCUCGGCCACGCUUUUGAAACUAGGUUCUUGAUCAUUGCGGCCCUCAAGGAAGAUUAUCGCGACAGCCAGCACACCUACAACCAAGUCCUGGAGCUGGCAGUUCGAUCCUUGGACAAAGCGAGCCGCGAUGGGGUUACUCUUCAGAAUGGGCAGCGUCUGCACCCGAUUCCCAUUGGUCAGAAAGGAGACUGGUCGUAUCUGGCGACCUCUGCUGGGAUGGAGCGCAGUUACAAAAAUGGGCCCAAGGCUGCAAACAGCAAGAAGCCCUGCACGGGCAUUUGCCACCUCUGCCUUGCGGGGAGACCUAACCUCGACUUCGAGAACGUGUCAGCCGAUGCUGCCUACGCCAAGACUUUUGGUGCCGAGCCUCCUUGGGUCGAGGAGCCCAUCUUUACCAAGGUUCUACUGCACGAACCAGACAAGAAGGAGACGUUCCACAAAGUGGAUGUUUUUCACACUAUCAACCUUGGGAUUGGCAAACCUUUCUGCGCGAGCGCACUCGUCAUCUUGCUUCGAUAUUGCCAGGGCGACUCUAUCGAUGCAAAGUUUGAGGAGCUGACAGGCUUUUAUCUGGAGUACUGCAAGGAUACUUGCCUUAUCUCGUCAGUCUCUGUUUGGCUAUACUUGCGAUUUCACGGGGAGAAUCGCAAGACAAACUAUAUCCAGAAGCUGACCCGCGAUACAAUGGGCUGGGGGAGCUCGACGCAGGAUGCAUCUGGCAGUUGGAACAAGGGAUCUCUCACCACGUCUUUGUGUCAGUUUAUCGAACACUUCUGCAAGUUCCACUCUCUGGAAGAGAGCGAGGAUGAGAGGGAUCGGCUCAUUGACCUUUGGCGUGCUUCCUCCAGCCGCGCUUUGAACUUCUGGAUGCGGUCGCUCUACGCUGCCGAUGUGUGGAUCCAUCCAGCCGAAGCUGAGCGUAUCAACGCUGCAGGCUGGCACUUCCUGGGCGCUUACAGCCGCUUGGCUGGGCUGUCGCUUGCUGCAGCAGAACUACGUUUCGCGAUGCUCCCAAAAAUCCACAUGCUGUGGCACGUGGUAUACGCGAUGGCGGUGCAAACGGCAGCUGGCCAAUAUGUAGAGAACGCGAUGGUGGAAGCGUGCCCAGUUGACGAGGAUUUUAUAGGCCGAUUUUGUGCCUUGACAAGGUCAGUUUCACCUCGGCUUCGGAUUCAACGUGCCCUCGAGAGGUAUCUCACACAUGUGCAGCUACUGUUUAUGCGUGCCGCCGAACGAGAGUGA